AUGUUUAAACUGCAGAGAUUUCUACAAUGGCUUUUUGUCAUCAUCCCAUUCCAGCAAGCAAAAUGCCUUUCAUUCUUUAGACCUGAGGAUUUUCUAGUUCCAGAACUUCAAGCAACAGAAGAAGAAAAAAGCAAAUUAGAGUCUGGUUUGACAAAUGGAGAGGAGCCUAUGGACCAGGAUUUAUCAGAUGUUCCUACCAAAUGUAUUUCUGCAACAGAAUCCAUGGAAAUUAAAGCCAGAGUUACUUAUAUUGACUAUGAAGGACGUUCAGAUGGGGACUCAAUUAAAAAAAUUAUUAACCAAAUGAAACCAAGACAACUGGUCAUUGUCCAUGGACCACCUGAGGCCAGUCAGGACCUUGCAGAAUGUUGCAGAGCUUUUGGUGGAAAAGAUAUUAAAGUUUACAUGCCCAAACUUCAUGAAACUGUAGAUGCUACAAGUGAAACUCACAUUUACCAGGUCAGGUUGAAAGACUCUCUUGUCAGCUCUCUUCAGUUCUGUAAAGCCAAGGAUGCGGAGUUGGCUUGGAUAGAUGGUGUUCUGGACAUGAGGGUUUCAAAAGUGGAUACUGGAGUUAUUUUGGAAGAGGGAGAGUUGAGGGAAGAUGAAGACUUAGAGAUGCAAGUGGAUGUGCCUUCUUCAGACUCGAGUGUGAUUGCACAACAGAAGGCCAUGAAAAGCCUCUUUGGUGAUGAUGACAAGGAGAUGUGUGAGGAGAGUGAGAUCAUUCCUACUUUGGAACCUCUGCCACCUCAUGAGGUUCUUGGACAUCAGUCUGUGUUUAUGAAUGAGCCAAGACUGUCUGACUUCAAGCAGGUUCUCUUGCGGGAAGGUAUACAAGCUGAAUUUGUUGGAGGAGUGCUUGUGUGCAACAACCUGGUGGCUGUCCGCAGGACUGAAACAGGGCGUAUUGGAUUGGAAGGCUGCCUCUGCCAGGACUUCUUUAGGAUAAGAGACCUUUUAUAUGAGCAGUAUGCUAUUGUCUAAGAAAAGUGCUGCAAAGGUGUUCUCACUUGAACUUUUACAGACAAUGGAGGUUUCUCCCAGUUCCGACUUUUUGUAGUUUUCUAAUUUAUACAGGGAAGCCUAAUUCAUAAAGAACAGGUAGCAGUCAUGAACAUGUAAGUAACUGCUACUGUUGUUCAUAAAUCUGUUGGUACAUUCCAUGUAGUUGAUUCUUACACUGUUACAACUUGGCAUCUCCCACAUAACACAUUAUAAAUGAGUUAUGACUAUAAACACUUCUCAGGAAAGAUUCAGUUUGUCAGGGCAUGUUUUGGUUUCACAGAUUUCCCGUCAAAGAGUACAAAACAUGUAAAAGUCAUUCUUUUGUUCUAAAAUAAGAUGGGAUAAAGAACUUUGCUUUCUUUGGUUUUGUUCGUUUCGGUUUCUGAAACAGUUAUUUUUGGUUUCAGUUGCUUGGGAUUUUUUUAGUAAAUUUGAUUUCGGGAACAGUCUCAAAUAUUUUCCUCUUUUUCUUUUAAAUUGAGGUUAGUUGAAGUACAUUAUUAACAGUCCACUUAAAGCUAGACUGCCUGAAGUUUCCUCAGUGUUAAUCUGUGGCUGCGUUUUAAUGCUGUGUCUGUUCCAUCUUACUGAUUUGUUCUGAAACAGCACUUCAUAUUCUAACCUGCAGGAUAAAAAAAUUACUUGGCAAUUACCCUAAGAAGAUGGGAUGAUAUUUUCAGGCAGUUUAAAAUUCAGUAAUUAUGCUUUAGAGUAACUUCUGCACAAACUUACAGAAUUUGUAACUCCUAGCUCUUGCAAAAUUAUUCCAAUUGUAAAACCUUUCCUGAGUUCUGAUUUUAAUACUUUUCAAAGUCUAAAGCCUUUAUCUAGGCACUGCUGUUUGUUCAGAGUGCUAUGAGCCAAGUUCAGUAAGAUCUUUUCUCUAGAAAUCUGAGUUCACAUGAUGUAUUUAAUGAUUUUGUGCCAUGUUCAGUUCUAGCUGACAGUGAGACUUACUGUAGCUGCUGAUGCUAUGAAUUUACCUUACUACUGGGUAAGGAUAAACACAGUUUUGAGUUCAUUAAUUUCUCAGAAAUUAACUUAUGAAAACAAAUGGCCUCUUGAGUUUAAGUUUAUUUAAUCAUUUUCUCCCCUGUCCAUGUGUGAAACACCAGCUUUGGCAGUGGGGGGUUGUUUGCUUUUUACAUAAAACAGCAAUGUAAUAUAUGCUCUUUGUGUGUAUGCUUAAAUAAAAGCUUUUGAAAAAGUGGCAAAAAUAGCCCUGUGGGCUGUCAAUGGAAAGAUAAUUUACUUUGCAAUUCAUUCUCAACAAAAAUUUUCUAUCUGAAAAUAAAUAAUAAAUAAUAAUAAAAUAGUAGCUCAAAAGUGAAGACUCUAUUAAACAUUUGAUAAAACUAUAUACUAGAAAUGUAAAAAACUUGAAAAUAUAAUACUGAGAAUGUAUUUUCUUACACAAAAUCUAGGGAUGACUAGAUAGCUGAAUGUUGUGGGAUUUUUUCUUAACAGUCUAGAAAAAUGUGUUUCCCUUAUACUGACAACCAGAACUCCAUAGAAAUUCCCUGGUUUUGUAGCAGUGUAAUGUAAAUCUAUAUGAUGCUGCAUACUUGUUGCUGAAUACUAUUGUAUUACAACUGUUGCUGAUUCUAGUGAACUUUUAUAAAGUGAGUUACUUGUACAUAAUCAUAUUGGCCUUAGGACUUUUACCUUGAGGGUUUAUGAUGAGAAGGGAUCACAUUCACCUGCAUGGAAUAUACUAAUAAAGAAAAAACCCCUUAGGAAGUCAAAGUAGUGUUGUUUUUUAAAAAAGGAUAAAGACAACACUGUCUGAUCAUAAACCUUUCUGUCAGUUUUGUUUUUCUAACCAAUUGAUAGAAAUUCAGCGAAGAUCACAGACUUUUAGUGUUAUCAGUCACUAAAUUCUAGUGUGUGCUGACAGAGAAUCCCAAAUAGUGCCAUCACUGAGGAGAAGGCUCACAUGUAAGCAAAACAGCUGACUUCUUAUUUUAAUCUAUUCAGCAUGUGUUUGGCUGAAGUGUGAAAUCAGACCUAGAAAGCUGACAUGCAAGUUUCACUCCCAGCUGAGUGCUGGGGCUGGAGUUGUGGAGUCUGCAGAAAGUGUAUCACAGGCUGCACUGGUGCUGUGGGGUAGGUGUGCCCCUCAGCUGGGCACUCAGUGCUUGUAAAGCAAUGUGCUCCUGAAGCCAAUGCCAUUUCAUUUUCCCUAUUCUGCUGUCAGUUCCCUGAUACAUUCUUAACUAUGAUUUGCUUUAGAUAGUAAUUGAACUUCUCUGUAUAAGUUUCAGAGUUACUAGUCUGGUUCUUGUUUUUAUCUGAGCUAAAAGAUUAAUUGCCCCUUACAUUCACAAAAUGUCAGUACUGCCAUGAUCUGUAAGUUGUAUUUUCGGGCUUCUACCUUUUCUUCAUUAGCAGUAAAAAUGUAACAAAGAGUAACAUUUCUUAUUUUGUGCUAUGUUGCUCCUGAAGGUAAGAAUAUUAGCUUCAAACCUAGUUUUGGUAUUCACCAGUUAAAAAUAUUUCCUUCCAGAGCUCCUGGAUAGUUCAGAUUCCUCAGAUAAGAAGAGCCAAGGGUAUGUGGAAACUUGCCUUAUUCCAUUCCCAAAGUCUAUAGUACUUGUGGGAAAAUCCUAGCUUUUGUAGUCUUGUUCUUCCUGUACCUACGUAGUAGAAUGCAAAGACACAUUUUAAAAGAUUAAAGGAAUGAAGAAGCAGAACUCUUGUAAUAAAAAAAAAAUAAUUCUAGCAUUAAUUAUUAUGCUGUUCCUAUUUUCAAAACAUAGCUUUACCAUGAGUAAAAUAACAUUGUUUGUAACAGUUUCAUUUUUCAUUGUUUUUCUUUGACAAUAUGGGUUGUAAGCAAAGCAAAGCUGAAAGUCUCCUCCAUCCUUCAACAAUAUUUAGAUUUAACCAGAUCCACUUCUCAAAAUACACCAUUAAUGGAAAGGUAGGAUGCCCAGGAUUCUGUCAGAGUAACAGUCUUGUGAGAACAUUUGAGAUCUACUUGCUGCUACAACUUGCUUGGAAGUGUAGGAAUUUUCCCAUAUCUCUGCUAGCUUUUAAUUGUAGUCAAAUGCUCUUCAUUAGGAAUUAACAAGCAGAGACAUGCUCCCUCCCCACCUUUCAAUCUAAAUAAUUGUUAUAGAUGGCUGUACCAUAAAAUACUUGUUUUGUACAGAAUCAAGAUUUAUUUGAUAAGGCAUGACAUUAAUAUUUAUUAGUAUUAGUACUUCAGGUAGGAAAGGGGAGUGUAUUGCCUGGGGAAAACACUUAAACUGGUUCUGGACAGGGUUGAUUUUUGCAGCAGCCAGGAGGGUCAUUGCCAGGACCCAGAGGCAACUCCAUGCCACCUUAGGUCAUUUUCCAAGAACAGGGAAGGGGUCCCUUCUUGGCAGUGGUUGGGUAUUGUGGUGCUCCCUUUAGUGCAAGAGUGAGCAUUCACAUGGGAAUUGCUCACUUCCCUUGUACACUUUUGUUAUUAAUGUUGUUGCUGUUACUGUUCAUUUUCUUAUUUCAUUGCUGUUUCUGGUAAAUUGUUCUUAUCUCAGUUCAUGAUCUUCACUUUUUGUGACUCUAAUUCUUCUCUUCAGCCCAGAGAGGGGAAGGGAGGAGUGAACAAGUGGGCACAUGGUUUGGGGUGUUUUGGUGGGAGCACUAAAUGGGAGAAUACCAUUCCUAAACUGCAAAAACUACUAAAAGUUUGAGUCUUUGUCAAAAGUAGUCUUACUGUAAGGAUCUGAAUGUUGCAUGAUAUUCUGUUUCAUGGCUUUUAGAGAUGUUUUCAUAAUUUUGAAAAGGAAGUGCUGGGGAAGAUGAUCUCACAGUCAAAUCUGAUAAAAACAUGCAUCUAGUAAACAGAAUUGUAGUUCUUGGUCUGAAAACUGUGUAAGUAACCAAUGGUAGUUCAAAAUGGAAUAAUGAAACUAGGUGAAAAGAAUCUAUAAAAUUGCCCACUGACAUUUAUUUUUAAAAGUACUUUAAACAGUAUUAAGUCUUACCUUCUCUUGAGACACUUUUUGAUUGGGUAAGAGAUAUCAUACAAAGAUCAAAAUUUCAUAGAAUGACAGAAUGGGUUGGUUUGGAAGGGGCCUUCAAGAUCACCUGGUUUCAGUGCUCUGCCAUGGGCACCUUUCACUAGACCAGGUUACUUAAGAAUAACCUGGCCCUGAGCCCUUCCAGAGAUGAACCACUGACAAUUUCUCUGAGCAACUUCUGCUAGUAUGUGACCCCCACCCAUUGUGAAGAAUUUCUUCCUUGUACCUAAUAUAAGCCUGCUCUCUUUCAGUUUAGAGCCAUUUCCCCUUGUCCUAGCACUACAUGCCCUCAUAAGAUCUCUCUCCAGCUAGUUACUGCAGACCUGUUAGGGGUGAAAAUGAGCCAAGACACAGACUCUUAUUCAAGAAUGUGGAAAGGGUCCCAGUUUAGUCUUCUUUAUAGAUUAGCCAUCCUGACUUUGACUACAGCAAGCUCCUACUGUAGGGUCCAACUGCAGACUCCAACUGUUGGCUAUUUCCUGCUGGACUGUAACUGCAAGUAUUGGUUUGCAGACUCUAGACACAGCUUUCACCCAACUCAGCUAUGACUGUAGGUUCUAACUCCAUCAGUCUGACUGUAUCCAGGCUGACUUCAUAGCAGAUCUUUUACUGCAGCAACUCUCUUCCUUGUUUCAUUCUUUGUAUCUUUCUGAUCUUUCCUUCUUUCUUCAGGGCUCCUCUACCUCCUCAAGAUCUUCUUUCUCUAGACCUUCUGCCUCCAAGAUCCUGCUAACUAUCCAACCCACCCCUUUUAUCACACUUAUCUUUAUUAGUCACAGCUGUGACCCAUUAAGGGCAAGGCUGUUGCUCUUCUUUGGUAAUUAGUACAGCUGUGACUUAUGGGCGCAAGGUCACCUGUACACAUACACAAGGUCUUCUACAUCUACACAGCUUUCCUGUAGUAGUCCUUUAAGUACUGUAAUGUGCUCUUAGGUUUCCCCAGAGCUCUCUCUUUUCCAGGCUAGACCACCCCAGCUUUCUUGGCCUGCCUUUAUGGGAGAGGUGCUCCCGUCCCCUGACCAUGUUCAUGGCCAUCCUCUGCAGUUGCUGCAACAGAUCCAUGUCCUUCCUGUGCUGCGGACCCCAGAGCUGGAUGUAGUGUUACAGGUGGGGUCUCACCAGAGUGAAGUAGAGGGCAGGUCCUCUCCCUCACUCAGCUGCCCAAGCUGCUUUGUAUGCAGUCCAGGGUUCUGGGCUGCAAGACAACAUUGCCAGAUCAUGCCCAUCCUGCACCACCAGCAUUUAUUUUGGGAGUCAUGUUGCAUGACUUGUUUAGAGCAAGUACAGAAGAGGGUGGUUACCCAGAGUUGAAGUGAGCAGUAAUCAUCUUUUUAAGAAUUUUUUUUUAUUUCCAGUUAAGUUGAAAUCUUCCAUGAUAAGAACACAAGCUUUUAUAGAAAUGUGUUUCCAUGAAAGGUACUGGAAGUGCAAAUAUUUCAUUGAAUGAUUUGGAUGAUCUAAAAUGGCAUGAUAAGCAGUAUGUAUUAUGAACUGUUAAUGUACAUCACACUGCUUGACCAGUAUUAACCAAGGGAUGAAAGAGCUUGUUGUUUCAGACCAACAUUAACUGUAUUAAUAAAAUUCUUAAUUCUGU